CUUUAAAAAACUAAUCCUGUCGUUUUCAGUGAAACAGCGUCACUGGGCAUUCUUAAAUACUUAACGUGCUUCUCAAAUCAAACGUAUAGCCUUUAUAAUGUCAGUCUCGGAGAGCCAGCAUGGACUUAACAUUUUUUACAGUGUGCAUCCACGGUUGCGUCACAUGACCUGUUAAUCUCCAUCGUAUUUCCGCGUUCACGACGGUGGAGCUGUUAUCAAUGAUGGGUGUGCAGAGUUUUAUCUAAUGCAUCAUAGCAGUGUUCAUCCUAUUCUCCUCCGGCUGCAGCUGUUGUCUCAUGUGCAGAAUGAAUGAAGCUUUAACCAUCUGAGGUCCUCUUCUUCCUCCUCCUCCUCCUCCUCCUCCUCCUCUAUUCUCCAUCGAGCCUACCGUCGAGCUGGGGGGGAAUUCGGGUAAAGGGAGCCGCGGGGGCGCGCACCGGUCCACAGACCCCCCGCCGCGACGAGGAGGCAACAUGCUCGGCCGGGUCAAGUGCGCGGUGGCCGGGUUCAUGGGUGGCAUCAUGGCCGGGGGCAGCUCCGGGGGAGGGGGCAACCAUGGCUCCGAGCUGCCGAUGAAAUUCCCCUAUAUGAGACCCGAGUUCCUGGGACUGUCCCCGGAUGAGAUCGAGUGCUCCGCAGACCACAUAGCUCGGCCCAUCCUCAUCCUGAAGGAAACAAGGAGAUUACCGUGGGCCACCGGAUACGCUGAGGUGAUUAACGCUGGUAAGAGUGCGUUGAAUGAAGACCAGGCCUGCUGCGAGUUGGUCAUAGCGAGAAGGAGGCCGAUGAGCUACUGCCCUCCGUCCACGCCAAGCAAGACCCCCACGGCCAAGAGACGCAACUCCCUGCCCAACGGAGGCUUGGGGCUCCGUUUGGACCACAGCAAGCUAGGAGAGGACAAUGAAGGCCUGGUGUUCCACUACUGGGCCUUGUUCGAUGGUCACGCCGGCUCGGGUGCAGCAGUUGUGGCCUCUCGCAUGCUGCAGCACCACAUCGCCUGCCAGCUCCAGACAGUCAUCGAGAUCCUACGCAACCUCGCUUCCCUGCCCCCGACUGUCCUAGGUGAGGAGCCCGACAACAACCCCUACCUCCAGGGAAACACCCCAGGCCGAUCCCUGACCCGAGCCGCUUCCCUGCGCGGGGCCUCAGGUGCACCGGGUUCCCCGUGCAACACUCCGCCCACACCACGCUUCUACACGGAGAAGAAGAUCCAGCAUGAGAGCCUGGUGAUAGGAGCCAUAGAGAACGCCUUCAAAGACAUGGAUGCCCAGAUUGAGCGCGAGAAGCAAGUGUUCAACAUCACCGGCGGCUGCACGGCUCUCUCUGUGGUUUACCUGCUCGGAAAACUAUACGUUGGGAAUGCAGGUGACAGCAGGGCGAUCAUUAUCAGGAACAACGAGAUCAUUCCCAUGUCGACGGAGUUCACACCAGAGUCAGAACGACAGCGACUCCAGUUCCUGGGCUUCAUGCAGCCUCACCUGUUAGGAAAUGAGUUCACACACCUGGAAUUUCCCCGGAGAGUCCAGAGGAAGGAAGUGGGCAAGAGGAUGCUCUACAGAGACUUCACCAUGAACGGAUGGGCAUACAAGACCAUAGAGGAUGAAGACCUCAAGUUCCCACUGAUUUAUGGAGAAGGGAAAAAGGCGCGAGUGUUGGCUACCAUCGGUGUGACCCGCGGGCUCGGGGACCAUGACCUCAAGGUUCACGACUCCAACAUCUACAUCAAACCGUUCCUGUCCUGUUGUCCUGAGGUUAAGGUGUAUAACCUGGCGCAGUAUGAACACGGGGCUGAUGAUGUUCUGGUAAUGGCAACCGACGGCCUCUGGGACGUCCUCUCCAACCAGGAAGUAGCCGAAUCCGUCACCACAGUCCUCGCCAACUGUGACCCUGAUGACCUCCACAGGUAUACAAUGGCUGCCCAAGACCUGGUGAUGCGAGCGCGGGGGGUGCUGAGGGACCGAGGCUGGAGGAUCACCAACGAGCGUCUCGGCUCCGGAGACGAUAUCUCAGCCUUCAUCAUCCCGUUGAUGUACGGCAACCGGCAGCCCUGAGGAGCCCCACGGAGGAGCUCUUAAAAGCAACAGGGUGAUUUGAACUGCCCUGUUGGGUUUCCUCAGUGCCGUCUGAACGCUGAUUUUAUUCUUUAGACAAACGAUAUCCCAAAAUGUGGAUGUUUAGGUGGGUUGGUGUUUCAUACCCUGUAUAAGUUCAGAAUUGUUCGAUCACACAAUUUGGCUGCUCAAGUUCGCUCAAAAGUCUAAAAUACAAGAACAUUAAGACACUCGUGACUGCCCCUGACCUUCUGCAGAGACGUGAAAGCCGAGAUAGACGAACGCUCUUCCAAAGUGAAGUGAAUACCUCUUUUCCUUCUUUCUUACCUCUCGCAGUUCUGUACAUUGCCCCUCUUCUUCCUUCUCUUUUAGUCCUCUUCUGUACAGUCAAUGUGUUUAUAAAGGGAAAAAAAAUCUCCUCCUCGUGACCAUGAACCUAGCUGCAGGGUCAGCUGCGUUUUCUGUUUCGCCACAGUGUGGCUGUGAAGGAUUCACAGUGAUGGGAUUUGGGUAUCAAACCUGCGUCGCUGUUUCGAUCUGAACGUUGGUAAGAGCCCACAGAGGCAGGAAAUCUUCUGUCACGUUG